AUGGGGACGGAGCAGCCCUGGAGCUGUGCCUCCGUUUGGAGGUCCCUCGGAGGAACCCAUCCCGGUGCCAGCCCCGGCUCCGCAGGGCGAGAAGAAGAGGAGGAGGAGGCGGAGGAGGAGGAAGGAAGAGCCCCGUCCGGCUCCAGCUUCCUCCGCAAGCCCUGCCUCGGUGCUCGGUGCCCGCCCCCGGCCCUCCCCCGGCUCUCCCCGCCGCACGCACCCCCGCAGCCGCCCGAGCGGAGCCGCUUCCCCGGGGGGAGCCCCGUGCAACAGUUGCCCCGCAUCGCGGCCGGGAGAGCCCUUUCGGCGCCGGGAGGAGGAGAACGAAGAGACUCCGAGGAGGGGGGGGGGGAGAACCGCACGGAGCCGCCGCCGCCCCCUCGCAGCGCUGAGCGCCGCCGCCGCCCGGUGCCGGGGCAGGAGCCCCGCGGAGCCCCGAUCCCACCGCGCCGGAGGGAUGGAGCGGAGCGGCGGGGACGUGGGGCGGCUCCGUACCGCCGGGCUCCGCUGUUUUCUCCUCCGACUACGAGAGAGGAGCAGCCCCGCCGCCGGGCACCCACCGCCCUGCUGAGCUGCGGGGCUGCUGAGCCCCGUCCUGAAUGCUGA